AUUAUUUUCUUUCCAAAAUAACUAUAAUUUCGAUCCGAUUUGUCCAAUUGUAACCCCACCCCCCAUUCAAACCAUUUCAAAUUUGCACACCUACCGUUCUUUUACAAAAUUUCCACAUAAGGAGACAAUUAGGAACUCCUAGAAAUAGUUUUAGGAACAACACUAAAUGCACACUCUCUUUCUCUCUCUAUAAAUUCAAAACAGCAGCUAAACUAGAGAGAGAGAGAGAGAGAGAGAGAGAGAGAGAGAGAGAGAGAGAGAGAGAGAGAGAGAGAUGGGAAGUUGUCAAACCAAAGAAAAGAGCAGCAGCAGCACCACCACCAGGCGAAGCGGCGGUGAAACGGAGGCGGUGGUGAUGGGGCUGAAGAACAAAGUGAUUCUUCUUCAACAAGAAAUAAACGAGAUAAUGUGCAUACGAGAGACGGAAAACCAAAUAUACGAGCGAGAACUAAUGGCUUUCGCCUUCAAACAAGCACACUGGAACAGAGAGAACAAGUCCCUCAAAGAUGAGCUCAUCAAACUCCGCAACACUUUAGCACACAAAGAAGAAACCCUAAUUAAUAUUACGAGCUGCAUAAAUAAUAAUAGUAAUAAUUUGGAGGACCAAACAGCAAUUAGGAGAGAUGAGACUGUGGACAAGUGGAAAAAGCUCUAUUUUGCCAUCAAGAAUGAGCUUGAUCAUCUCAUUAUUCAGACCACACAUCAAGUUAUUUUUGUAGAAGAAAGAGUGAUGUGUUGGAAUAUAGCAGAUGAGGAAGAGGUGUUAUUGGUGGAGAUGACGAACGAGCUGAAAGCCAAAGAAGAAAGAAUCGAGUUUCUGCAAAACAAGUUGGUAUCGAUGGAACUUCAAGAAUCGAAGAGGGAGAGAGAAAUCGACAUUUUAAGACAAAGUUUAAGGAUUAUGAGCCACAAUAAUAAACGUUUUUAAUUAA